CAUUAUGUCCAGUGGACCUUCGAUGAAAUUCCAACAAAAGUCAAAUCUGUCAAAUUUCUAAACACGUGAAACUAGUGUUUUUCUUUGAUAUUCGAAAACAGGAUGGGUAAAAAACACAAGUCAGAGCCAAGUUUGGGCCGUACUCUAAUUAGGGAUCGUUUUGGGGCAAACAAAGGCAGAAAGUUUGUCUCUGACAAUUCCAUGCUCCACACGACGGAAAUUCAAGACGGGUAUGACUGGGGACGAUUGAAUCUACAAUCUGUAACAGAAGAAUCAUCCUUUCAGGAAUUCUUAUCUACAGCUGAACUGGCUGGGACUGAAUUUCAAGCCGAAAAACUUAACAUAAAGUUUGUUAAUCCUAGGUCAAAUGUAGGUUUGUUGACUAGAGAAGAAACCAAAAAAGCCAAAGAACAGCAAGAUAAGCACAAAGAACUUCUGAAAAUACCAAGAAGGCCAAAGUGGGAUUCAAAUACAACUGCAGAUGAACUGGAUAGAAACGAAAAAGAACACUUUUUGGAAUGGAGAAGGUCAUUAGCUAGUCUGCAAGAAGACAAAGGAAUACUAUUGACUCCAUAUGAAAAGAAUUUACAAUUUUGGAGACAACUUUGGCGUGUAGUGGAGAGGAGUGAUGUGGUAGUGCAAAUUGUUGAUGCCAGAAAUCCUUUAUUGUUUUGGUGUGAAGAUUUAGAAAAGUAUGUAAAGGAGGUGUCUGAAGAUAAAUUAAAUUUGGUGCUGGUAAAUAAGGCUGAUUUCCUAACAGAGCAACAGAGAAAACAUUGGGCAGAUUAUUUUUCAAAUAUUGGAGUUAGGGUGGCAUUUUUCUCAGCUGUACUGGUGUCUCAGGAACAACCUAUUGAAGAAGAAUCUGAGAAAGAAGAGGUUGAAACUGACACUGAAGAAGACAAUGAUAAUUUAAGUUUGACAAUGGUUAAAAAGAGUAUAGAGAAUUUAGAACAAGCUGUGGAGGAAAAUGCAGAAGUGCUUAAUAAAAUACUAGGUAAAAUUGACGAAAUUGUCGCAAAAACUGAACUUCAAAAUUCAAAUACAAUCAUAAAUAGCAGUGAGCUGUUGACUAGAGAACAAUUAAUUGACUUAUUCAAAAGUGUCCACAAAGGUCCCAAGUUUACUCCUAAUGUAACAACAAUAGGUUUAGUUGGAUAUCCAAAUGUAGGAAAGAGUUCCACAAUUAAUGCCCUAAUGACUUGUAAAAAGGUUUCUGUUUCUGCAACUCCUGGCAAAACAAAACAUUUUCAAACACUGUUCCUAGAAAAGGAUCUCUUACUUUGUGAUUGCCCUGGCUUGGUGAUGCCAAGCUUUGUUUUUACCAAAGCAGAAAUGGUUUUAAAUGGUAUUUUACCCAUAGACCAAAUGAGGGAUCAUGUUCCUCCUACUAAUUUAGUCUCCAGUUUAAUUCCCAGACAUGUGAUUGAGGACAAAUAUGGAAUUAUGUUACCACAGCCUUUAGAAGGGGAAGAUGAGACUAGACCUCCAACAGCAGAAGAAUUGUUAAAUGCAUAUGCAUAUAACAGAGGUUUUAUGACUGCCAAUGGACAACCUGACAAUUCAAGAGCUGCCAGAUAUAUUUUGAAAGAUUAUAUGAAUGGCAAACUUUUAUAUUGUCAUUCACCCCCAAGUAUACCACAGAAUGAAUAUCACACUUGGCCAGAGAGGCAAAAAAUUAUCCCUGCAAAUAAAGUUAUACCACCCAGGCAAGCUCGUGCUGUGAAGCCAUAUAAAACCACUUCAGAAGAUUUAGAUAAGGUAUUUUUUAAGACUAAAAAUACUGGUGUACAUAUAAAGGGCAAAGUGGUAAUACCCAGUGUAAAUAAUAGCAGUGGUUCACAAGAUGGUUCAACUGACAGCAUUGUGGAAAAACCUUGGAAAAAAAUUAACAAGCAUGGAAAUAAAAAUAAAAAAGAAAAGUUAAGAAGAGUCUAUGCACACUUAGACCAACAUUAAUUUUGUAUAAAUGUAUUUCAUAUUUAUAUAUAAAAACAAUAAAUAUAUUGGUUUAUAAAA